GGCCGCUGCGAUGAGGCAAAAUUCCUCGGCUCAUUUCCUCUUUCUCUGAAAGAUAGCUGGGGACUCCACUGCCCUGAGACUACUCUGCCCGGUGCGGGGGCCGGGGAGACCUCUGAGACCUCUGGGGGUCUGCUGUGAGACCCCAGGUUUUCCUCAGCUCCCACCUUCUCCGUUCCCCUAGCCCUGAGCGCAAGCCACCAACAAGCGGAAGAUCCGGUAGGCCCCCCUCUUCCUCAUGCUGCUGCUGACUGCUCUGCUGGUGUUGGCUCCUGGUGGUGGACAAGCAGCUGACCCCCCAAAGUCUGUGCUUACCCUGAGCCCUCCAUGGAUCAAUGUGUUCAGGGAAGACAGUGUGACACUGAACUGCGACAGCCCCAACCCUUCGGGGGACCACGUCACCCAGUGGUUCCACAAUGGCACGGUCCUCGGGAUCCAGACCCCCAGCUACGGCAUCUGGAUGGUCACCUUCAACGACAGUGGGGAAUACCGGUGCCGGAUGGGGGAUUCCACGCUCAGUGACCCUGUGAGGCUGGAUGUCUACAGCGACUGGCUACUCCUGCAGACCACCAGCUGGGUGUUCCUGGAGGGGGAACCCAUGGUACUGAGAUGCCACAGCUGGAGGAAUCACCCCUUGUUUAAGGUGAUCUUCUACCAGGAUGGCAAAGCCCUGAAGUUCUUCCACGAGAAUUCCAACUUCUCCAUCCCCCAGGCCAAGCAAAGCCACAGUGGUUCUUACUUCUGCUCAGGGUUCAUGGGCCACGAACGCUUCACGUCAUCCGUCUUCAACAUCACUGUCCAAGGGAGGAGCAUCCUGAGCCAGUGGGGGAUACUGGCUGUGUUCAGCGGGCUUGGUGUGGCCAUCGCUGCUGCUGCCACUGCCACCGCUCUUAUAUAUUUCUUCAAGCUCCGGAGAAAAACAGCUCCUUCAGAAAGCCCUGAGCACGGGGAUGGGUACGAAGCCCCCCCGGAAGAUACACCCAGACCCCAUGAGAUCCUGCCCGUGGUGGAAGACGACGGUGUGGUCUCCUAUUCUCUGCUCAAGCACACGGACAUCCCGGAUGAGGAAGAGGAAGAGCGAGACCGUCUUGAUUAUGAGAACAUCCCAAACUCCACACUGCUUAGCAUUAGCCAGGUGCAGCUGGAGUGUGCUGGGAUGAAAUUGGAUGGGUCUGGGGAGAGGGCCCAGAUCGAUAACGCCGGGAGCAGCCGACAACCCUCAGAGAUUCCCAUCGCCAUGCCAAUGGGCAGCUCCUUUUCUCCAGGGCCGGGCUGCUCUGCCAUGCCACUGGGUGCAGCUCUCUUGGUCCUGGGUCUGUGCAGUGGACAUGCCGCGCCUGCCACAAAACCCGAACAGCUCACCAGGCCCUCGUGUGCCACUGUUGCCCCGGGCCAGAGGGUGACCCUGAAGUGCGAAGAGUCCCCAGGACCCAACUCCCACAAGAGAAAGGUCAUCAAACCUCUGGACAGACUCUCCGAUGUCGAUGGUAUCCCAGAAGAGGACAUCGGCCAGCAGAGCAUGGGCUACCUGUUCAGCAGGCCCUUCCAUCUAAGCGUGUCCUAUGAAUGGCUGAUCCUGGAGGCCCCCCUGUCCCCGGUGUGGGAGGGCGAGGCCCUGGUCCUGCACUGUCGGAGCUGGAGGAACUGGCCGCUCUCCCGUGUCACCUUCUAUCACGACGGCGUGGCUCUGAGCUCCUCUCCCGAGAGCGCAGACUUCGCCAUCACCUCAGCGAAGCCAGAGGACGGUGGCUGGUAUCACUGCACUGGCUCCCUCCGGACCCCGGUUACUGUGACCAGGGAGUCGGCAGUGGCCGUGGCCGUAGAAGUCCGAGAGCUGUUCCCACCGCCCAUGCUGAGAGCCGCCCCUUCCACCGAGCCCAGAGAGGGGAGCCCUCUGACCCUGACCUGUGACACGCAUCCAGACCCCCGCAGGCCGGACCCCCGGCUCCGCUUCUCCUUCUACAGAGACAACCGGACGGUGAGGGGAUGGGACAGCUCCCCGGAACACAGGAUCCCGGGGGCCCAGAGCGGGGACUCUGGCUCCUACCAGUGCGAGGUGGCCAUGGACACUGGGAGAGUGUGGAAAAGGAGCCCCAAGCUGCAGAUCCGGGUGCAGCGUUCCUCCUCCAGAGACUCACCCACAACCCCUCCUCCUCUCUCACCGGAUCCCUCAGCUCCUCCAGAAUGUGGGCCGGCCCCCUCCCCACCCACCCUGGAUCCCCAGCUGAGCCUCCUGCUCCAGGAAAUUCAGGCAGCCAGAGCCCUUCUGAGUCAGUUGAACCUGGAAGCAAGGGCCCAGCACAAUUGCCUGGACCCCAAGAUCAGCGGUGGACUCUGGGAAGCUGGGAUUGGAGUCACCAUGUGGGUGCUGACCGCCUUACUGCUCCUAGGUCCGAUAGGCGGAGAAGCCGCCACUCUAGCCAAACCGGUGGUGUCCCUGCAGCCGCCCUGGACCACGAUCUUCAAGGGGGAGCGGGUAGUCCUGAAGUGUGCAGGGUACCACCCCCUGAUCCUGGAGAUGAAACACAGCAGCAUCCUGUGGUACUGGGGUCACCUUCUGCUAUCCUCGCGUGGGCGGAGUCUGGAGGUGCAGGUGGCCGGGGUGUACCGUUGUCAGACUCGUGGCACCCCCGUCAGUGAUCCCAUCCGCCUCUCCGUGUCCAGCGACUGGUUGAUUCUUCAGGUGCCCUACGGGGCCGUGUUUGAGGGCAAAGCCCUGGUGCUGCGCUGCCGGGGCUGGUACGAUAAGGAGGUGUCCCGGUUAAACUACUACCGCAACGGCCAGCCCCUCCAAUCCUCAUCCUCUAGCAUCGACUUCACAGUGGCCCGGGCCCAGACCAACCACAGCGGUCAUUACCAGUGUUCGGGGACCAUGCGUAUGCCCGUCGAAAGUGCCCCCUUGUUCUCAGCCGAGGUGCCCGUCUCCAUCCAAGAGCUGUUUCCGCCACCCAUCCUGAGAGCAGUGGUCCCGGAGGCCCCCCUGCCAGGGAAGGGGGUGACGCUGACCUGCAUGACACGACUGCACCCACAGAAGCGGGGCACGAGGCUGCAGUUCUCCUUCCACAAGCACAGCCAGGUGGUGAGGGGCUGGGACCGAGCUCCCAUCCACACCCUCGCGCCCACAGCCAAGGUGGACAACCUGGACUCCUACUGGUGCGAGGCGGCAACCGAGAGCCGUGGGGUCCAGAAACGUAGCCCCCGAUUCCAGCUGGGUGGCCAUGCCGAGGCCUGCAGGGAACAGGGAGUAGUUGGAGGCCCCAAAACUCACUGGCCACUUGGGAAGGACCAGUUGACCCUGUUCCACCACCAGGCCAUGUCUUCCUGUGCCUUUCAGUCAGUCAGUUGCAUGACAUCUAGCCCGGGGACUUCCCCACCCCUCACCACCUCCAGGCCCCUCUCCACCUGGAUGUCGUCUUCCCCUCCGGCUGGAAACAGCACCUCUGCCCAGGGACUCCUCUUGGAACUCAGCACCCCCAAAGAGGACCCCCUGGGCUCACGUCAUUCUGCUCCGCUCCUGGGAGAUUCAGCCGAUCCCUGGAAGUCACAGCUGAUCCUGUCUCCUCCCUCCCCCAUACUCAAGGGGGAGGAGGCGAAACUGACUUGCAGUGGCUCCCCAGAGGUCAGCAAGAGAUCUCAAACCACCAGGUGGUUCAAGAACAAUAAAUCAUUGCGCAGUCAGAAGAAUGUCCUGCUGGUUGAUGGCCCCGGAGAGUACCAGUGCCAAACAGGGAGCUUUCUCAAAAGUGAUCCGAUAUUCGUGGAAAUCUCUCAGGACAAGGCGAUUCUUCAGGCCCCUCGUUCUUUGCUGGAGGGGGACACCCUGACCCUGACAUGCCGAACAGUCCGCACAAGAACCUCAGUAAAUUACUUCCGAAAUGGAAUAGCCUUUCAAACAAGGAACGCGAAAGACCCAGUAAUUAUCUCCAGUGUGAAAACCAGUGACAGCGGCAACUACACCUGCAGUGUCUCUGAUGGGAAUAUUUUUUCUUCAAAAGAAUUCUUUUCGAAAAGUGUUCUCAUUUACAUUGAAGAGCUGUUCAAGACACCUCAGUUGGAAGCAACCCCCUCCAAUGAGCCCGAGGAGGGGACCCCGGUGACCCUGACCUGUGAGGUACAACCAGCCUCCCCUGAACUCCAGCUCUUCUUCUCCUUCUACAAAGAGAGCAGAUCACUGCAAAGUUGGAGCAGAUCCCCGGAGUACCGGAUCGCCGAGGCUGGGAUGAGGGAUUCCGGCUUGUACUGGUGCCAGGCGAUCAUGAAGACCAAAUACCUCCAGAAACAAAGCUCCAAGCUGCAGAUCUGGGUGCAGCGUUUCCGGGUCUCUGGAGUCAGCCUGGUGUCCCAGCCCCCCGGGGGUCAGGUGAAGGAAGGGGAGAGGCUAGUGCUGUUUUGUUCAGUGGCAGCGGGCACAUUGCCCAUCACCUUCUCCUGGCACCAAACGGGCACCACGGGGUUGCUGAGACAGGAUGUGCAGCGGGCUAAGACGAUGGCCCUGGAGAUCCCCGCAGCCAGGGCCAGCGACCAGGGACGCUACCAGUGUGCCGCUGCCAACGGCUAUGGCCCUGUGCCCAGCCAAUGGCUGAACAUCACGGUGAGAUUCCCCGUCUCUGGAGUCAGCCUGAAGGCCCAGCCCCCCAAGGAGGAGGCAGCUGAAGGACAAAAGCUGGCUCUGGUCUGCUCAGUGGCGGAGGGCACCAUGCCUGUCAUGUUCUCCUGGUACCGGGAGGGCGGAGGAAAGGCGCUGAGGGAGGAGUCAUGGUGGGCACAGUCGGCGGUGUUGGAGCUCCCGGCCGUGAAGGAAGAGGAUGCGGGGCAGUACUGGUGCACGGCCAACAACGACUUCGGCCCCGUGGCCAGCGCCAGCCUCAACAUCACCGUGACAGUUCCAGUGUCUCCUCCCCGCCUGACCCUGGAGACAGCCACGGCCGGUGCCACCGUGGGGGACGAGGUGGAGCUGUGCUGUGAGGCCCAGAGGGGCUCCCCCCCGAUCUGGUACCGGUUUUACCACGAAGACAGGGUCCUGGGGAACAGCUCGGUCCUGGCCAGAGGAGCCGCCUGCUUCUCCCUCACAGUGGCAUCCGGGCAGGAUGCAGGAAAUUAUUCCUGCCAGGCGGAGAACAGGGCCUCCACCGGAAGCAGCGAGCCCGAGAUUCUGUCGGUGUUGAUCCCAGCAGGAAGCCGGAGCAGCCUGGCCGUGGGGGGAGGCUUGGCCACGAUCCUUGUGGCUGCCGUAACUGCUGCCUCGCUUGUGUAUUUCUUCAAAUUCCGAAAGAAAACAGGAGAGGCACCUCUCACAAAUCCGGAUAGGUGA